GUGUCAGCUUCAGGAAGUGGGCUCUGCUGUGUGUUGAGUGGUAUUUCAAACAAGUAGCACGGAGGACGGCACUAGCUCCCCGGCAGUAAGACAUUUGGAAGCUGACACCUGGCUGCGUGGUUCGAGCCAUGGGGAAGCGCUACUACUGUGACUACUGUGACCGCUCCUUUCAGGACAACAUGCACAACAGGAAGAAACACCUGAACGGCGUGCAGCAUCACAGAGCCAAGAAGGCCUGGUUUGAUCACUUCAGAGACUUUGCAGCCAUUCUGGAUGAUGAGCUAGCCAAGAAACCCUGCAGGAAAUUUCUCCAAACAGGAGUUUGCGGUUUUGGCCCCAACUGCAGGUUUUCCCACAUGUCCGAAGAAGACUUGGCAAGCCUAAAAAGGCAGAUUGAAGAUGAAAGACAGCACAGAGACAACCCUAAUGGCAGAUCUUCACCCAAGCGAAGCAUAGAAGAGUGGCUCACAAGACGAGAGAAGAAAAGAAUUUCCCUCAGUAGCAAAGGAGUUCUCAAAGAUGAGGAGGAUGAAGAAGGGAGCCCGGCAGAAAGUGACAUACCUCAGCAGCUCCUUUCCGUUCCUGAUCUUCCUCCCUCACUGUUGCCCCCUCCACCAGGGGGAUGGAAAGUCAACCCCACCACUGAAUGGGGUUGAGGGAUAUUAACAUGUGCAUUCAUGGAAGGAUAAAUGCCACAAAACACUAUUUGCUUGAGGAAAUGUUUCCCUUUAAUGCAUGUGUGAAGUGACAGCAUCUGCCUAUUUAAGUUUGCAGUUACUACUAGAAACUGAUUGUUGCAGUUUCUUGUUUUUUAUAAUAAAGGCCUCAAAGCAGA